AUGACUGGGAUUGAUGUCCCAGGCGGGCGGGUGCGUGUCUGCACUGAUGGGCCCUCUGUAGCUCGAUACAACACCACCAACCACUUCUACUCCACAUUCUCCGAGAACUUGGAGCACAGUCAUCUGCUCGUGUCCCCUGUCCUGGUGGCGAGCACGGUCAUCGGGGUGGUGGUCAUUCUCUCCUGCAUCACCAUCAUCGUCGGCAGCAUCCGCAGGGACAGGCGGGCCCGGAUCCAGCGCCACCGCCGACACCACCCCCAGCACCGCCACCACCACCACCGGUGGCGUCGGAACCAAGAGUUGGAGCAGAGCUACGUGUCGGAGGGACACACCUCCAACCACAGGAUGCGCUACACCUGCAGCCCAGACGAGGACUGGCCUCCAUCCCUGGACCUCAGCUCUGAUGGGGAUGUGGAUGUCACAGUGCUGCAAGAACUGUACCCGGAUUCUCCACCCGGCUAUGAGGAGUGUGUGGGGCCAGGAGCCACCCAGCUGUACGUCCCCACGGACGCGCCGCCCCCCUACUCGCUGACCGACUCCUGUCCACAGCUGGACCACACCCUGGACCUCAGCAGCGGCCACAGCCCUGGGCCCCACCAGGAGGCACAGAGAAACUGGCCGCAGCGUGACCUCUGCACCAUCUCCAUGGACACCCUGCCCCCAUACGAGGCUGUGUGUGGGGCUGGCCCUCCGUCAGGCCUGCUGCCCCUGCCUGGCCCAGGCCCAGGGCCCCGGAGCUCCCAGGGCUCAGCUGCCCUCACCCGGAGCCCAGCUUCGGGCCCAGAGAGGACUGUCUGA